AUGUCGCCCAACGACACUACCGAUUCAGAGGACUUUGUUCUCGUCGACCGUUCUGCAAUCAACCCAGCUCUACGUGAUGUCCUCAGUCCAAGCGCCACUGCCAAUUCUCCAGACGAGAGCGACUAUGACAAGAUCGAUCUCAAUGACUCAGAGAACUCUCCAGUGAAGAGCAAGGCCACCGAGCCAGAGCACAGCGACGUUAGCCAGCCCAUGCUGCACAUCAACUGCUUCGCGCCCAUGCCGUCCAGCGGCUUCCCGCAUGAUCUCAAACUCCAUGUGGGCUCAGUCGAUGACAAUGGCCUAGUGCGAGACGACAAGGGUCAUGGUUCGUCCAGUCUAGGCACGCCGCCUGAGACCUUGAUUGCAUACGCCACACUGCUCUUCGAGUGCGCCCUCCAUUUCAAAGACAUCCACUCCAGGAUUCCUCAGGAUCAUUUCUUUUACAUGAUCGGCCAGGUGUGUGCGUCCGGACUCAGGACAGCGGACGCCAAAUUUCUCACGGAUUAUGUUGGCUAUACACUCGACACUUUUCACAUAGCUCGCGAGGCCUUCUUGCUCAAGAACGCGGGGAAGUCCUCAUUCACUCUCGAGCGCACAGCUGCUGAGGAGCUGGCCAAAUUGGUGGACCAGUACAUCGCCAAUGUGAAUGCGGGACCGCAGGAGCGCAUGGAGGAUUGGGGCAGAGACCCCCUCUUCAAAUCACUUUGGUUCCAGUGGGAAGACAAGCUGCAGGACACUGCGUCUCGACGGUCUUUGGGGUAUCUUGUAGGAAGCAAACUCAAUGAGGACGGCACCAGGUUUACAUUGGCGCACAGCAACCCCAGAUCGGAGAUUGUGGAGUCUGUGUUGACGCUUGAUCUAGCUCUCAAUCGCCUUGAGGGCCUCGUGGGUUUGGGUGGCUUGAGUGAGGAAGAGAAGCGGAUGAUUCAGCAAGCACUGGACAAGGCCAUGCCGCAGCUCGCACACGACAUCAAGGGCUGUCUGUGA